AUGCGUAGGGGAAUUGUGAAUCAUUACUACUGGUCGCGUUACCGUAUGCCAACGCAGAUGCCGAAGUUUGAUGGUCCUGCCCCCAUUGCCGCGCCGCAAAACAUGAACAGCACAAAGACAAAUGAGUUCAUUGAUCCUAUCGACGACAAGUUCCCAUUGAGUAUCCGCGGCCCCCUGGUGCGGCCGGAUGUGCCGGAAGAUCAGUAUGUCGACAGUUGGUACGUGUGCACAUCCAUGACACACCACCUUGGCGACUACCGACCGUGGAGCGCAAGUGCCCCACCCAAUGCCUAUCGCUUCCGUCCGUACAACGAGUUUGAUGCCAAGGGUAGGGAGUACGUGGAGUACAUGCGACAGUUUGCCCGCUACGACCCGCGUAAGUCCCAGGGAAAAGGACAAAAAGGGUUCCCCUUUCGGGAUGCCUACCUCACAAAGAUGAAUGAAGCAAAUAGGACCACACCACCGCCCACACUCGAGACGAUCAUGGACCGUGCGGUGCGGGAGAAACAUCAGCAUGCACGCGUUUUGAGUCCAAUGCAAGUGCAACGUGACGUGGGUCGCUCAGAGACCCCGUUGCCAUGCGCUGGCAACAUCCCCGUGGACCGAAGUCAGUUCCCGUUUUGUUGGAAGACAGAAGACUGGUACGAGUAUGAGGUGGCCAAAGUGAGAAACAAGCGCUUCGUCUUUGAGAACACGGAGGAAGAUGGAAUCCAUGGCUCCGAGGUGACGUACAAAAUUGUUCUUGAGGGUUUCUGGGACCAUCACGUGAUGAAGCUGGCGGAAGAUGUCUGCAUGUUUCUACGGGAUGUGGGUCGUCAAGUCACCGAGGAGAAACUUGUCGCGGUGCGGCGCGUCAUGGAAGGACUUACAGGCGGUGCAUUCGAUCCGGAGCUGAUCGACUUCUUUAAUGCCGCCCGUGCGGGCCCCUUUGGUCGCCCCGACGAGUACGACGCAGAGGAGGUGGCAAACUUUGUGCGGGCCGACCUGAAACGAUUAGAGGAACAGUGUUUGAACGUUAUAAACCGCUGCAAUGUGCCUGUGCCAGGCGCCACGAAUAUAUACGACCCGCAGGUGUCAUGGCCGUACGUGGAAAAACUGGAGCCGUGGGUGCGGAUGGCGGAGUUCUGGACUUCCUCAUCCGACACCUCCUUUACAGAACUUGAGAUGUCGACAGCCCAUUACGAAUUCAGGAAAUAUUUCCGUGUAAUCAUCUGCAAGCUGCCUUUUCAGAGUACCGAAUUUGAAAAACGUAUGUACGAUAUAAGGCACUGGUUACAUCGACAGACCACGUGCGAGUUUCACACCAUUUAUAGGAAGAACGUUAUUCAUGAUGGCUCUGUAUUCCCCACCGAGCAUGACCCCGCCACGCCCACAACGCAUGACCACCACCGCAUGUUCUCCUUUGCCCUUGAUUGGCAAAGCGCCCCGGUGAAUCGUCUCAGCGUGGCAAGGGUAUUGGAGGGUGACGAUUGGGAACGGGUGGCGCAGCGACUAGGCUGCAGCGUGGAUGAUCUCAAGGAGGCGAACCCGGCGAUCGAGGAACUCGAGGCAGGUGCGGUUCUUAACGUUCCCGGCGGAGCCUCCCGUAGACUCACAAGCUUCGGUGCAGCCCCACGUGUGCUGCCACUUCAGAACCCCAACAAUGGAAAACGCAUCCGCACCUGGGAAGAUGCCGCGACUGUCCUUGAUUGCACCGUGGAAGAGCUACAGCAGGCAAAUGGCCACGCUGCACUGACGUACAAGCAGACUGGCGAGAAUGGCGAAGGCGAGUUUGGCCCAUCCGUCACAGAGCUGAACGUCCCGCUCUCGUGCUGGGUGUCAACCGCUGAAACGGAGUUCAGCCCAGUCGAGCUUGUGUUCGCCGGUGACACAUUCGCCACCAUUGCACAGCGUCUGCGGUGUAGUGAGGAGGCUCUUAAAAAGGCAAAUGAUGGGCAGAGCGAUCUGAGUCAUGCUCGCUUUGUGCGUGUCCCGGCAGAGGCGAAAGCGCCAAGGCGAUUAUUGGAACCGCAGCUGCGUUCGCAGGCUGCAACAGAUGUGCUGAUGACGCGAACCAUUGCGGAGGAGGCGGCUUAUGGAAUCAAAAACAUCCCUGAUCUCCCAUCCAACGCGAGCAAGUUUCCGCACGAGUACCACACCCCAACCUCGCGCUUCCCGACAACACCAAAAGAAAAGGAGUCAGAAAGCGACUGGAUGGCCUACACAGCAAGAUACCUUGACAAGCAGUUCACGCAUCCGACCGAGCCCACACCGAUCUACAAUGUGAAUAAACUCUGGCCCAUGCAGCAGGUCCCUGGCAAAAUAGACCAGACACCCUUCGAGGAGGAUCAGACAUGGCUACUGAAUCCCAUUCCUGUGCAGCAACUGGAACAACACCAUCCUGAAAAGGACCUUCAAGACCUCCCAUUUGUCAAUCACGAACAGUUUCCACGCUCGCUGGAGUGGACCGCACCCUAA